AUGGAUAUCGACGGUGGUGUUAAUGAUCACAAGGAAAGUGAAAACUUGGUUUAUUCAAUGGAGCUUCCAAAUGAUCAUGUUCUACUCAAGGAGAGAAUAGUUAGUCAUCCAUUGUAUGAUUUAUUAGUCAAUGCUCAUCUAAAUCUCUUGAAGGAAAGCUACUGUAAAGUUCUGGACAAAUUGAAGGAAGAAAUGGAGAAGCCAAUGCAAGAAACCUCAGAUUUCAUCGAGACCAUGUAUUCUGAGCUCAGUUCCAUUGUCGGGCCUUCCUCUACAUCUGAUCAUCACUAG